AUGGACGGUGCGGACCCUCAACUCGCUCGAUUCCUCCACCAAUUGCAGGCGGAGACCCAACGCCAAAAAUUCACCGAGCAAGUGCACACGCUCACCGGCCGCUGCUGGGACGUCUGCUUCUCCGACUAUCGUCCGCCAAGCAAAAUGGACGGAAAGACCCAAACGUGUAUUCAGAACUGCGUAAACCGCAUGAUCGACGCCAGCAACUUCAUGGUCGAGCACUUGUCGAAGAUGAACGGAGGAUCCGUCUGA